UCAUCUGACCUGUUGUCAUCUGUGAAGUGACAAGUAUUGUGAAGCUCUCAACACUGCUCCUACUAGAUCUGAGUGCAGUGUUGGUGGCCAGGACUUGAACAUAGUAGGUGGUGUUGUCUCUCAGACCAGACAAUUUGACUGAAUAUUGAGAAAGAUGGAGGCAGAAGAGGAGACAGGACUAGCAGGUCCCAGGAGAGGAGUGAGGGUAACACGACACUCGUAUGUGGCCAUGUCAGAGAAGUGGACAGGACUGAAUGUG